CCUCCCUUUCUCUCUUCCUCCUCCUCUGCUCUAUCAGCUGAUGCCUGAAAAUGCCACUGCUGGCCAGGAAGUGCUCAAGAAAAUAAAAACGAAAGCACACAGAAGAUUCAGCUCAACAUGCGCUAAUGCUCCGGAUACUCUCGGACGUUGGUUAGGUGACGUGAUCUGCUGUCUGCCGGGGAAAUAAGGACGAGGAGAAGAUGGCACAUCAGGGUAGCGGACAGGCCUGGGGAAAACUUGUGAAAGUCGACUCGUCUCUGGGUUCAGAGAUAUUGCUUAUAAAUAGAGAAUGCACGGUGGGAAGAAAAAAAGAUUGUGACCUCUCGUUCCCGGCUAAUAAACUGGUCUCAGGGAAACAUUGCAAAAUCACUCAAGAUCAGAACUCAGGAAAGGUGUGGCUGGAGGACAUGAGCACCAAUGGAACAGUGGUCAACAUGUCCAAAGUGGUGAAGAAACAGAUGCAUUUACUGCAGAAUGGUGAUGUCAUUCACUUUGUGUACAGGAAGAAUGAGCCAGAGCAUAACAUUGCUUACGUUUAUCAGGCUAUCAGGUCACAGGAAAGUGCCUCACAGGACGCUGAAGAUGCUGGAAGAGAAGAAGAUUCAGAUCUGACGGAAACGGAGAGUGAACCAGCACCAGUAGAGCCUGUUAUUGUGAAGCCUCUGCCUCAGUCUGGGCAUGAGGAUCCUCAGCCAUCUACCUCCAGCUCUUCCUUCCACUUCUACGACAUGCCAUUAUCUACCUGCUCUGUAGAUGUGUUUCCAAAGAAGAACCCAGUGAGAUCCUCGGUUAUUUGUAAAGGAGAAUCAGAGAUGACUGCACCUGCACCAGCAGGCAGCCCCGGGGAGCCGGUCAUGAAGUGGACCUGCUGGACUGAUGGAGGCCAACAGAUGGAGCCAGAGGUGGAAAUGCAGAGGAAAAGAAGAAAAACUGACAAAGACGAUCAGAUGGGGUAUGGAUCUUCUCACAGUGACUCUGCUCAGGUUCUUCUCAGAGGAGCAGCAGGGACAGAGAAAACUGAAGGAGCCACAACAGACAAGAUGGAAGAAUCCCUCACAUGCAUUGUCUGUCAGGACCUGCUGCACGACUGUGUCAGUCUUCAGCCGUGCAUGCAUACGUUUUGUGCUGCCUGUUAUUCUGGCUGGAUGGAGCGGUCUUCCCUCUGUCCCACCUGCAGAUGUCCCGUGGAGAGAAUCCGUAAAAACCACAUCCUCAACAACCUGGUGGAGGCCUACCUUCUCCAGCACCCAGAGAAGUGUCGGAGUGAAGAUGACUUGCGCAGCAUGGAUGCUCGAAACAAGAUCACGCAGGACAUGCUGCAGCCAAAGGUCGAACGCUCCUUCUCGGAUGAGGAGGGCAGUUCAGACUAUCUGUUUGAGCUCUCAGACAAUGACAGCGACAUUUCUGACUUGAGUCAGCCCUAUAUGAUGUGUCGGCAGUGUCCAGGUUAUCGGAAGGAGGCUAGCACUGUCCCGUGGAUCUGUGAGGCCGCUCAAUCAGAAGUGCCAGCUAAAGUGCCUGGAGACGGCCCUUCCACAUCCUCUGACACCUCCACAGCUCCUCAGGAGUUCAGAUGUCCUCCUCAGGGCAGUCACCUCAUCUGCUCCUGCUGUCUGCAGCCCAUGCCCGACCGACGCUUUGAGCACCUCCCCCCUCAGAUGUCCCCGCAGCACUGUAUGGUGUGCCAGAAACCUUUCUGUCAUGUGUACUGGGGCUGCCAGCGGAUCGGCUGUCACGGCUGCCUAGCACGUUUCAGCGAACUUAACCUUAAUGAUAAAUGUCUGGAUGGAGUUUUUAAUGGCAAUCAAUAUGAGUCUGAAGUCCUUCAGAAUUAUUUGACUUCUCGAGGACUGAGCUGGAGACAUCUGCUGCAGGAAGCGCUCCAGGCUGUACAGCAGGGCCUGUACCAGCUCUCCGAUUACAGAAUCACUGCCAACUCUUUCCUGUGCUACUGCUGUGGACUUCGCACUUUUAGAGAGCUUGCAUACAAAUACAGAGAGAAUAUUCCUGCACCAGAGCUGCCAGAUUCUGUGACAACCAGACCAAACUGUUAUUGGGGACGCAACUGUCGGACUCAAGUGAAAGCACACCACGCUUUGAAAUUCAAUCACAUAUGUGAGCAGACGCGGUUUAAGAAUUAACGCUGGAGGAGCAGCGCUUGACUUGACAGCAGCAGUUUGGGAGUUUGACUCUCAGCAGCUUCUGGGGAGCUGAGCUGCUGCAGGCACGUGUUAUACCUCUUUAUUCCUCUAGAUGGCAACCUUACAUAUGCAAAGUCAAUCAGAUGAUGCUAAACCAAUCAUCCUUGAGGUAUGGUGUCAGCAAGUGGAAACAUCUGAUCAGGAUCUGCACUGUGUGGAGAAACAGACACUAGUUUUCCAGGAUGUACUGACCGUCAUUCUUUCAGUAUGCACACUUCAUUCCACUAUGCUAUUGACAUGCUUUCAUGCUGCAUUUCUGCUUAUAAAUGUGAAACGAGACAAUAUUGGCAAUCACCUUUACGUGCAAAAAUCUCUUUAGCUUGAACCUUAUACAAUAUCCAAAAUCUAUAACUAACCUUUGGUGCCUGAGAGUCGACUGUGAGUGUUUGUCAGCUUUCUUUGCAUAUGUCACAUACUUCUUCCAUUUUAAUGUUCAUUAACUAUUAUUAUCAUAAACUGCUCAAGACAUUUAAAUGCUACUGAGAAGAUUGAAAAAUGUAUGUUAUAAAAAAGGGAUGAUCGUGUUGGUCAAGUGCACUAAAUUUUCCCAUGUUAGGUAUUCAGCAUCAGUAGCUGCAUUUUGUUCAGUAAGGGCAGUAAGCCAUGUAAAGAAAAGGUGUGUAUUUUUUUCCUUCUAACACAAGACUGAGGGUGUAUCGCACUGCAGGGGAUAAUCAAGUCAAAUCUGAUUUAUAAUAAAGGCUUAGAUGCUUUCGCACAUCUCGAUAUGAUUAUGGAAGUUUUGCUUUUAGCUCAUGUUCAUAUGCAAACAAGGCCAGUUUUUAGCUAGACAGUAGAUGAUGCUUUUCCUAAUGUUUUUCCUAUGUAACUUAAGAUAUUUUAGUUUUUCUUUUACUUGUAGGAUUGGUGAUAUUAUAGGUAGAUUGCAUGGCCAUAUAAUAGCUGAUUAAGUAUUUUUUUAGAUUUUCUGACUAGGCUAGAGCUGUAUUUCUGGACUAGUAAAUUAGUUUUAUUUUUUCUUUUCUUUUCUUAUUCUUAUUCUUGUUUAACCACACUGGCAGUAUCCUUAAAAAAAGUGGUCAGUCUUUAAAAUGUGGCAUUAUAGCCACAUGAAAGUUCUGAACAUUUUACCCUUAUUUUUUUUUUUACUUUUUAAAAUAUAUGAAAGUAGGUAUAUGCUGUAAUGUUGUUGUAUUUUUGUUUUUCAAAAAAUUUGCAGGGAACAUCUAUACAUUACUGUUACCGUAACAGUACAGUUGAUCAUAACAUUGUUUUUGGGGUCUGUUGUUCCUCUUACCAUGGCAUUCUUCUGAGGCUCAAAUUAGACAAUCUCUCGAGGUCAGUCCUCACCAGCCUCAACUGCUCUUUGGGUGAACAGAGGUGCUCACACACUGAUCUAAUGGCACAUGACAAACGGCCACAUUUGCUGGAUUUGCUUCAUUAGUGAACGUUGAGUUGUGGGUUUUACCCAGGAUAAAUCACCCUGCUUUAAUUUGGAGCUUUGCUUGGGAAUGUUUCUACAAUUGUAGUUCAUGCUUUCAUUAGCAAAUUAGUGGUUAUUUCUCUCUCUCUCUUUUAUGCAUUUGGUAGACGCUUUUAUCUAGAGCAACUUUCCCCAAAUGUUUAUCUGAUUGUACAUCAACUGGUAUGCAAAGUAGUAUUUAUCAAAUGUACACAAAUAUCAAGAUAUGUGGGAAAGGGUUUUAUAUUGUGUUCAAAUAUCUACAUAAACAUUUUGUUAUUAAAUACCAGACUAAUAGAGCUUCCUUUGAAACCACAUACAGGCUGUUGCAUAAAUCUAAAAUGUGGUUUUAGGCGAGUGGAAUAGUGUUAUGAUGUAAGCUCCAAAGCUGGUCUCAGUCUCUGAACUAAAAAUCUGCACGAAGGGUUGAGGGAUUUAUUCAGGAAUGGUUCUGAGUGUUAAAGGCUUUGGAGGCUGCUUUGCAUUUACUAAAAGGGAAAUGUACUCUGCAAAUAUUUACUUCGGGUUGUAUGGGAUUUUUUCUUUCAUUCAGAAAAAAGGAGUGGAGUGGGGUUUAAUUCUACCUCAUCAAAGUUUAAACUGGGGCUUCAAAUGGAGAAAAAAGAAAAAGUUUUCUGCUUAUCAGGUUUUAAAAUAAUUAUAGGGAAGUCCGUCUAAUAGCACUAUUGAAGUUCUACAAUUGAAUUAGCACUUGCUGUGCCUCACGUUUGUAAUGCCUAGAAAUAAAUCUGACUAAAAACCUUGUUUAAUUUACUGCACUAAUAAUAAAAGACUAUUAAAUUA